AUGGUGGUAGAUACGACAUACUAUGAUAUUCUCGGCGUUGAAGUAACAGCGUCAGAGCAAGAACUUAGAAAGGCAUAUAGAAAGCAAGCUAUCAAACUUCACCCGGAUAAGAAUGGAAACGACCCAAAGGCAGCUGAAAAGUUUCAAGACUUGGGUGAGGCGUAUGGAGUCUUGUCCAAUGCCGAUACAAGAAAGGUUUAUGACGAAUAUGGUGUAGAAGGAAUGAAGGAAAAGAAUGUACAAGAACAAGACAUUGAUCCGAGUGAAUUCUUUGAAGUUAUAUUUGGUGGGGUGGCAUUCAGAGAUUGGAUUGGAAAAUUGGGUAUGUUUGAUGAUAUUACUAGGUCUGCAGAAGUGUUGGACUUGGAUGAGGACAAUUCAAACCUGGAAGUCAGCUCAUCAGGCACUGGAGAUGAAAAGACGGAUGGAACGGGAAGUCUAACUUCGGCCCCUGGAGCCGAAAAGACUGAUGCAUCUGGUAGUCCAAUAACUUCUUCGGGUCCUGGCGCAGCUGCUUCUUCAACUCAUAGUUCAUUGCAAUUGCACUCCCAUCAAAAUAGUGGUGACCUCUCGUCUGAUGAUUUAAAGAAAAAGAGAAAGCAGAAACUCACCAAGGAACAGAGAGAGGAGAUUAUGAGAAUACAAGAGGAAGCCAGAGAGGCCAAACUAAAGAGAAUUGCUGACUUGUCAGCCAUCUUGAAAGAACGACUGGAAAGCUAUAGAGCAGCCGCAACUAAUCAUGAAGGAUUGGAACAUUUUACCGAGAAGUUGAAAACUGAGCUUGACGAUAUGAAGAUUGAAAGUUUUGGUAUUCAAUUACUACACUUGAUUGGAAAAAUUUACACCAAUCAAGCAAAUGCAACCCUCAAAGCCGCUAAAACGUUUGGUCUCACCAAAAUUUACACUUCAAUGAAGACUUCAACAGAGACCGUCAAGAAUGGGUAUGGUAUUAUAAAAUCAGCAUUAGACACUCAAGAGACAAUGGAGAAAGUGAUGAAGGAACAAGAGGCUUACCAAUUGAAGCAAGAACAAGGAUAUACUCCAACACAAGAGGAGGCAGUACAACAAGCAGAAAGAGAGCGGUUUGUUACCGGAAAAUUUCUCGCAACCGGUUGGUCAUUGGUCAAAUUCGAAGUUACUAACGUGCUAAAUAAAGUCUGCCAAAAUGUGUUACACGAGAAGGGUAUUGGCAAGAAGGAGAAAGUUGCCCGUGCUAAUGCAUUGUUGUAUAUAGGAACACAGUUAUUGAAUGAGCAAAGAUCGGCUGAUGAGGAUGAAGAAGCUAAGAUUUUUGAAGAGAUGAUGGCUGAUGCCAAGAUGAAAAAGGCAAACAAGAAGAAGAAAGGUACCUUCUUUUAG